AAAACCUCUUUUCUUCUUUUCGGUUCCACCGUAAAAACAUUUCCACCAUUCACCGAAUUAGCCAAAUUACACGCCACAUCAUGUCCAACAAACUCUCAGAAAAGCUCAUCAUUGACCAGGUCGAUGUUAACGGCAAGAGGGUCUUGAUGCGCGUUGACUUCAAUGUUCCCUUUGCCGAUGGCAAGAUCUCCAACAACGCCCGUAUUGUUGCAGCCCUUCCAACAAUCAAGUAUGCUUUGGAUCAUGGUGCUUCUGCCGUCGUCUUGAUGAGCCAUCUUGGCCGUCCUGAUGGCAAGAAGGUCGAGAAGUACAGCUUGAAGCCUGUUGCCACUGAGCUCUCAUCUCUUCUCCACAAGGAUGUUGAGUUCUUGAGCGAUUGCGUAGGUGAGGAGAUUGAGGCUACCUGUGCAAAUGCCAAAGAUGGCAAGGUCAUCCUUCUUGAGAAUUUGCGCUUCCAUAUUGAGGAAGAAGGCAAGGUCAAGGAUAAGGAGGGUAAUGUUACCAAGGCCAAGGAAGAAGAUGUCAAGAAGUUCCGUGAAUCGCUUUCAAAGCUCGGAGAUAUCUAUGUCAAUGAUGCUUUUGGUACUGCUCACCGCGCUCAUUCGUCUGUCGUUGGCAUCGAUCUCCCUAUUCGUGCUGCCGGAUUGUUGAUGAAGAAGGAGCUUCAGUUCUUUGCUCAGGUACUCGAGGAGCCAAAGAAACCCUUCCUUGCCAUUCUAGGGGGUGCUAAAGUUUCGGAUAAGAUCCAGCUGAUUGAGAACUUGUUGGAUAAGGUCGAUGCUAUGAUCAUUGGAGGUGGUAUGGCCUUUACCUUCAAGAAAACUUUGGAGGAUGUCAAGAUUGGCAAGUCUCUCUUUGACAAGGAUGGAGCUGAGAUUGUCGGCAAAUUGGUCGAGUCUGCCAAGGCUAAGGGAGUCAAGCUCUACCUUCCUGUUGACUACAUCACCGGCGAUGACUUCUCAGCCUCGGCCAAGACCGACUAUGCCACUGACGAGACUGGUAUUCCUGAUGGCUGGAUGGGCCUUGACUGUGGUGAGAAGUCCAACGCUAUCUUCAAGGAUGUCAUCUUGAACGCCAAGACCAUUCUCUGGAACGGACCCGCUGGUGUCUUUGAGUAUGACGCUUUUGCCUCAGGCACCAAGGCUGCUUUGGAUGCUGUUGUUGAGGCCACCAAGAACGGUGCUGUCUCAAUCGUUGGAGGCGGUGAUACCGCCACUGCUGUUGCCAAAUGGAAGGCUGAGGACUCUAUCUCACACGUCUCGACUGGAGGAGGAGCUUCCUUGGAGCUUUUGGAGGGCAAGAAUCUCCCUGGUGUUGCCGCUCUUUCUGUCAAGAACUAAGUUUUUUUUUUUACAUCAUACGUAUUUGCACUUUAAGUUGAUUACACAAAAAAAGGCACGAGCAUUCUUCGUGCUCUUUAAUGACUUGUACAUAAGCACA